ACCAGACCACAAGCUUCGUAUCUAUUCCCAAAUUCGGAGAUUGGAGCAGAAAGAAGAUCCCAUUUGGUAAACCUGCUUUUCGAAAACCAGGAUGUCCUACAGCUAUGCGACGAUACCAUUUUCUUGGCGAUCAGACUCGUCGACAGAUACAGCAGCAAAAAAGCUGUCCCUCAAGGGAGGCUCUACUUUUAUUACGGUGUCUGUCUGCUGAUCUCGAGCAAAUACAAUGAACGGAAGCUAGAUAAGAGAGAUUGGGUGCUGUACGGAGCCAAGGACUGGGACGUCGAGUCCGUGGAAAGAGACAUCUUGGAAAUACUCGAAUACACGGUCGGUCGUCCCUUGCUAAUCGAGUUCGCCUGGAUGGGACUUCCUAAACAGGAGCGCACGAAGCAGACCAUGGACAUGGUCAUGUACCUCUGUAAAUUGACUCUGUUUGAUCCAGGCAUCGUACCAGUCCCAUCUAAUGUUGUGGCAAAAUCUAUUGUAGCUGCAGCUAGACUGGCUCUCAGACUGCCA